GGUUUGAGUGUCACUGGGCCGGCGGGAUUGUAGGCCCCUGACCGCGGUCUAUGACCCGGGGCGCUGGGUCAGCUGAGUGGCGGUGUGAGCGUGCCGACCGCCGGGCCGGAGCGGCGGCCGGCAGUCUGGAGUUGGAGCGGUGCCAAUAAAGGUCCGUGCUGAGCCUGGAUGUUACAAUUGGCGACGAGGUGAAUAUCGUGCUAUGGAAGAUGGCUGAAGGCUUCAGUUUAGCCCCAUUUGAUUUACGCGAAGAUGUGUGGGAAGAGUGGUUCGAGAGAUUUGAGUUUUACUUGGAUGCAAGAAAUGUGACUGACAGUGGCAAGAAGAAGUCCUACCUGCUUUCACAAUGCGAAGCGGCUUCCAGGGACGCCAGGAUCAUCGGAGGACAGGAGAGCACCGUCAACGAGAUCUCUGUGCCGGGUCGGGACGUGACGCCGGGUGGGAUCAAUGAAGUGCACGCCGGCCAACGCAGUCGCGAACCUACACUGGAGCCAAGAUUCCGGUCGUGGGUGAAUUCAUCGCGGACGUGAAGUACAACAACCAGGCGAGAUGGCUUCCACUGGUGGUGGUCGGAGGAGAUGGACCAAACCUCCUCGGGCGCGACUGGCUUGGGAACCUGAAGCUGGACUGGUUCAACAUCUUCUCGGUGAGUGGAAGUGAUGCUGUCACGGCUCUGAAAGAGAAAUACGCUGAAGUGUUCAGGCCAGGCCUGGGUGAGCUCAAGGGGGUGAAAGUUAAACUAGACAUUGACAGUAGUGUGGCUCCCAAGUUUUACAAACCGAGGCCGCUACCUUUUGCAUUGAAGAAAAGGGUCGAUGAGCAGCUAAAGCGAGAGAUUGACAUGGGUGUGCUUGAACCAGUUGGACAUGCAGCUUGGGGUGCUCCGAUUGUACCGGUGUUAAAGUCAGACGGCAGUGUCAGAAUCUGUGGGAAUUUCAAGCUGACAGCAAAUCGUGCCAUUCGUGUUGACAAAUACCCACUUCCAAGGAUAGAAGAUCUCUUUGCCUCACUGGCGGGAGGCAAAGUCUUCACCAAACUCGAUCUGAGCCAGGCCUACCAGCAGUGCGUGGUGGAUGAAGACUGCAGAGAUAUCCUGACGAUUAACACUCACCUUGGACCUCUCAGGUAUCGACGCCUGGGCUUCGGUGUCAACUCGGCGGUGGCGUUGUUUCAGCGAGAGAUGGAGAAGUUGUUGAAUGGUAUGCCUGGUGUCUGUGUUUUCCUAGAUGAUGUGCUCAUAACUGGGAAAUCCCAGAACGACUGCUUACAGCGCACAUCUGCGGUGUUGGAGAAGCUGCAAGAUGCCGGACUCCGUGUGUCGGAGAAGAAGUGCAAAUUCUGCGUGGACAGCGUGGAGUACCUGGGACACAGGAUCGACGCUGAGGGCUGUCACCCCACAGAGGCGAAGAGCUUGGAGGAGGAGUUUGCAUUGGACUCCUCCCGGAUUGCUGCGCUGACGUCUCGGGACACUCUGCUGAGUCGGGUGCGGCAGGCCAUAGAGACUGGUGAGUGGCCUGACGAGGAGGACAUCCGCUCAUUCUUCCACAGGAGAGAUGAGCUGUCGGUGAUCCGCGGAGUGCUGCUGUGGGGCAGCCGAGUGGUCGUGCCUGCCAAGGCACAGAAGCACGUUUUACACGAGCUACAUGAAGGACACCCUGGGGUUCGGCCUCCCGGACACCAUCGUCUCGGACAACGGUCCGGCCUUCAUCGGGGAGGAGUUCCAGCGGUUCACGAGGAGGAACGGCAUCCGUCAUGUGAGGACGGCUCCUCACAGGCCGGUGUCCGACAGAGUCUACGCCAGAGGUUUCGGGAGCGGACCGGUUUGGUCGCCCGGAGUGGUCGUCUCUCUCCUCGGUGCAACGAUGGCGGAGGUCCGGCUGGACGAUGGUCGACUGUGGCGCCGUCACUUCGAUCAGCUGCGGUCUGCGGGCGACUCUGCUCCGAAGAAUCGCACGGAGACGGACGUCUGCGACUUCGGACGGCUGCGGGAGAGGCGGGACCUGGCGGGUGGCGAGCCGGACGAGGGUUGGCUGGAGGACGAUCAGCAGGAGGAUCCCGUGGUGAUCUCGGACCGGAGACCGGCGGCUGACGCCGGCCAGCCUGAGCAGAGCUCGGAGAGUCCCGGAGUACAGUCGUCUCCGGCUGCUCGUCCCCCCUCUGGUGCGUGCGUGUGUGCGGGUGAUCAGACUUCGAGUGCGCGCGCGUGUACAGGUGAUCAGAGUCAGACUUUGAGCGAAGGGACUGCCACGGGCGUGACUCGGGAUUCUUUGGUGUCCCGAGGGCUGUCGGGCUCACUAGAGAGAGCGGAAGGUGUUCCGUCGGUCACACUGCGUCGA